UUCAGUUUCCCCAAAAGCAAACAAAAAAAAAAAAAAUACAAAUCACUUCAUCAUCUCCAGGUGCUUUGAACACUUCACACAGUCAACAACAAAACUCGAAAAUCAAAAUGCAUUAUCCUCACAACAGACCCGAAUUCGUCGGAGCUCCACCUUCGGAUCGCGAUUUGACCCGGUAUCAUCAUCGGGAGCAGUUGUCACCGGAGCAAGAACUAUCCGUUAUGGUCUCCGCUUUGCAGCACGUGAUCUCAGGGGAAAACGAAACGGCGCCGUAUCAGGGCUUCUCCAGUACCGAUAGCACGGUGAUAAGCGCGGGAAUGCCUCGGUCGGAUUCCGACACUUGCCAAGUGUGCAGGAUCGACGGUUGUCUCGGCUGCAACUACUUUUUCGCGCCAAAUCAGAGAAUCGAAAACAGAGUUGAAGAAGAAGGGAUUAGUAGUAGUAGUAGAGGAAGAGAGAGUCCCGUGGCGACGGGGAAGAAAGCAGCGGAAGGAGGAGGGAAAGUGAGGAAGAGGAAGAACAAGAAGAACGGGUACAGAGGAGUUAGGCAGAGACCUUGGGGUAAAUUUGCAGCUGAGAUCAGAGAUCCUAAGAGAGCGACACGUGUCUGGCUCGGCACUUUCGAGACAGCCGAGGACGCAGCUCGAGCAUACGAUAGAGCAGCUAUUGGGUUCCGUGGGCCGCGGGCUAAACUCAACUUCCCGUUUAUGGAUUACACUUCUUCCCCUGUGGCUGCUGACAAUGUAGGAACGAGUGCGAGUGUGAAUGCAAGUGCGAGUGCGAGUACGAGCGUAAGCGCAGGGGAUUCUGCGGAAACAGAGCAAUGGCGUGGAGGAGGAGAUUGUGAUAUGGAUGAAUAUUUGAAGAUGAUGAUGAUGAUGGAUUUUGGGAGUGGAGAUUCUUCUGAUUCAGGGAACACUAUUGCUGAUAUGUUCCAGUGAUGGAAAAUUUGAUUCUUCUCAGAACAACUUUUCUCGAAUUUGUUUGGUUCAUAAAAAAUGAGCUCUUUCUUUGUUAUAGUUUAGUGCAAGAAAAGAGUUGACACUGGAAUGACUUGUUCAAAAGCGAGCAAGCUUCUUGGUUUGUUUUGACUUAAAUUGGGCAAAGGCCAUGUAAUUACUAGUGUCUCAAACUUGUAUUAUUGGUCGGUUCUAUGUUCUUACUUCUUAUUAAAAAAAAAGUUGAGUUCAAACCA